GGAUUAUUUUUUUAAUAUUCAUAGAGCGUUUUCUAAUGAUGGCCGUCUCUCGCUUGAUGGAAUUUACUUGGGAUUACAUGAUAGUCAUUAAAGAUCCCACAAGAUACAAAUCCUGGUGUAUGUUAAACGAAAAAGAAAGACUUGACAAAAUGAUUGGCAAAAUUCCUUGGUACAAUACUAGUGAAGUUGAUGGAGGACCAAGAUAUGAAUGGACACAGGAAAACAGUCGUUAUCUUAACAAUAUUCAGCUUGUGGGUACCCUUUUAUCCACAGUACCGGCUGGAGUAUUAGCUGAAAAUAUAGGUCCUUACUAUUUGCUACUUUAUGCUACGCCAGUAGUUGGUAUUUUAAACUCACUAAGAGUUCUUUUUUUAUCUAUGGAUUGGAUUCCGUUAUUUAUAUCUGAGUUAUUUAUUGGAAUGCAUUUGGGUUUGAUAUAUCCUGCGCUGUUUGUAUGGAUUGCAAGGUGGGCCCGACCACAAGAAAUAGGCAUAUUUGUAGCAUCGAAUAUUGGAAACGGACUUGCAGCAGCUAUUUCCGAUUUACUUCUUAGAUACCUAUCACCAACAAUUGGCUGGCGCUCAUUUUACUAUAGUCUCUCUGGUAUCAUAUUUCUUUUUGUAGGGCUUUUGUGGUUUUUAGGAUCAAACUCUCCAGAAACCCAUAAUCGAAUAUCAGCAAGAGAAAUUUAUCACAUUAAAACAUCACAGAGAGGAAAAGUGACGCCUACAAAAACAAUUCCACCCUAUGGCCGCAUUUUAACGUCUACAGCUUUUUGGGCCGUGAAUAUUUUAUGCUUUGGGACUAUUUGUAGUGAUACUUUUUUUGAGUGGAUAAUUGGGGAAUUUUUGUUCCAUGUAUUAGGUAUAACGUUGCGGUUGGUGGAGUUAUUGGAAUUUUUGCCUUAUUUGUGUAAAAUCACUGGUUCAAUAAUUGUAACCUGCUUGGCUGAUUUUCUAAGAAGCAAAGAAAUUUCCAAUGAUACAACCAUAGCAAGAUUAUACGCAGUUUUCUCACACAUUGUUCCAGGUUGUGCUAUAAUAUUUCUCAGUAUGGUGCGAUGCCAUGAAAACCUUGCAAUAAUUUUCUUUUUUGUUGCAUACACUUUAUCUUGUUGCAAUUAUAUUAGUGUUUAUAGAGUUAUUAUUGAUAUUGCUCCUAAUUAUGCUGGAACGAUUUAUGGAAUGGUACGUGUAUGGAAUUGUAUUGCAAAAAUAGUUAUACCUCAAUGUUAUGAAUUCAUAUUAACAUUGGAUAAUGGUAUAAUUGGUUGGUGCUUGGUGUUUUUACUAGGCGGAGGUUGCGUAUUAGGUACAGGUGUAAUUUUCUUGUUUUUUGGCCAGGGAAGAUGUCAAUGGUGGAAUUUAAAGUCUGCAGAUCGGCUGAAAACUUUCCAAUACAGAAACCCCGAUGAGCCAUCCUCUAGUGCAGGAUCUUCGAUCCAAGCACAAUGAUCAAAUAGAGGUAGCUGGAAAUAUAAGAACUUCUUAUAUAAUUUGAUGAACAUUUUGAGUAGUUCAAAUUAUUUAUGUCUGUUUAUUGUUCAACUAUGUUGUUUUAAUGCUUUUUACUAUUUUUGAGAGCAAUAUCUAGUUUAUAA